AUGGCCGGAGAUGGCGCAGAGCCAAAGCCUGUGGGCUCAUACCCACAAACAGGAAUUGAUGUCUUGAUCAUUGGAACUGGACUCGCAGGAUUGACAGCGGCACUCGAAUGCACGCGAAAAGGACACAAGGUCCGCGUCCUGGAGCGCAAUGAGACAAUCAACACGCAGGGAGACAUGUACUUCAUGGGCCUGAGCGCUACCAGAUUCUUCAAGCACUGGCCAGAGAUGAAAGCCGAGUACGACUCCAUUGGCCUGCACAAUGCUUGGAUCGAGACGUUCAAGCACAGCGGCGAGCAGAUGGUGCCACCUCUUUCAGUCGCUGAGAGACUUCGCGAUGCAGGACUGGACCCCAACACUCCUCCCGGCACCUUUCAAAUGCGACCACUGAUCUACCGAAUGUUCGUUCGCCAGGUUGAGAAGCUUGGUGUGGACAUUGAGUUCAACAGAAAAGUGGUGGAUUUCUUUGAAGACGAGGCUCGUGGAAAAGGCGGCUGCAUCACAGACGAUGGCAAGAAGUACGAGGCGGACGUGGUGAUCGCGGCGGAUGGAGUGGGAUCAAAAUCCCAAAAGCUCGUGGGUGGCCAAGUGCGAGCGAGACCUUCUGGCCGUGCUAUGUGGCGAGCUGCUUUCCCUAGAGAGCACCUGGACCAAAACCCCGAAGUCAAGGAAUUCUUCAAGCUGGUCGGCCCAGACGGUGACAACCCGAUCGUUCGAACGUUCCUAGGUCCUGGCACAUACGCCCUGACCCUGACUCGCCCCGACACCAUGAUCUGGAUCAUGAACCACAACGCAACCACCUCCUCAGCCGAGAACUGGAACAACAAAAUCGACUCCGCCGAAGUCCUCUCCCAAAUGGACGAAGGCGUCGGCCCCAACCCCUGGGCCCCCAUCUUCAAGUCCCUAGUAAAAUGCACCCCACCCAAAACCAUCGUCAAUUUCGAACUCCUCUGGCGCGACCCCCAACCCAGCUGGACCUCCCCGUCCGCGCGCGUCAUCCAAAUCGGCGACGCCGCACACUCCUACCUCCCCGCCUCGAGCAACGGCGCGACGCAGGCGAUCGAAGACGCCGUCUCCCUCGCCUCGUGCUUGCAGCUGGGAGGGAGGGAGAACAUCCCCGAAGCGGUCCGCUCUCACAUCAGAUUCCGCUUCAUCCGCAACGCCUGCGCGCAGAAACUCGGCUUCUCCAACGCUGAACUCCUCCAGGAGACCGACUGGUCCAAAGUCAAACUCGACCCCCGCCGCGCACAACCCAAACUCCCCAAAUGGGUCUGGUCGCACGACCCGGAGAAAUACACGUACGAAAACUACCACCGCAACGUCGAGAAUAUGAACAAGGACAUUCGCUUCGAUGAGAGUGAUGUGCCCCCGAAUUUCCCGCCUGGGUACAAGUACGAGCCGUGGACGAUCGAUUGGGUCAUGGAUUGUAUGUAUAAGGGCGUGCCGGUGGAGUUGGGGGCGGGGCAGUGGGAGUGA